AUAUUUAAGCCCUUUUAGUCUUGCAUCUCUCUUGUUAGUAGAGGAAAGUCAUUUUGGUAGUGUCAGCGUGAAUCAUCUGCGAUGAUUUCUCCAGUGCUUAUCUUGUUCUUGGGUCUUCUCUGCCAUGUUGCUAUAGCAGGAAGGACCUGUCCCAAGCCAGAUGAGUUACCAUUUUCCACGGUUGUUCCAUUAAAAACAUACUAUGACCCAGGGGAACAGAUAAUAUACUCCUGCAAGCCGGGCUACGUGUCCCGGGGAGGAAUGAGACGCUUUACCUGCCCACUCACAGGACUUUGGCCCCUCAACACUCUGAAAUGUAUACCCAGAGUAUGUCCUUUUGCUGGAGUCUUAGAGCAUGGAGCUGUACGCUACACAACUUUUGAAUAUCCCAACACAAUCAGUUUUGCUUGUAACACUGGAUUUUAUCUGAAUGGAACUGAUUCCAGUAAAUGUACUGAGGAAGGAAAAUGGAGUCCUGACCUGCCUGUCUGUGCCCCUCUAACAUGCCCUCGGCCACCCGUACCUAAGUUUGCCACACUUAGUGUUUAUAAGCCACUGGCUGGGAACAACUCCCUCUAUGGAGACAAGGCAGUCUUUGAAUGUUUGCCACAGUAUGCGAUGUUUGGAAAUGAUACAAUUACCUGCACAGCUCAUGGCAACUGGACUGAAAUACCAGAAUGCAGGGAGGUAACAUGCCCAUUCCCAUCAAGACCAGACAAUGGAUUUGUGAACUAUCCUGCAAAACAAGUUCUUUAUUACAAGGAUAAAGCCACAUAUGGUUGCCAUGAUACAUAUGCAUUGGACGGCCCAGAAGAAGUAGAAUGUAACAAAUUUGGAAACUGGUCUGCACAGCCAAGUUGUAAAGCAUCUUGUAAAUUAUCUGUUAAAAAAGCCACUGUACUAUAUGAAGGACAGAGAGUAAAGCUCCAAGAAAAAUUUAAGGAUGGAAUGUUGCAUGGUGAAAAAAUUUCUUUCUUCUGCAAAAAUAAGGAAAAGAAGUGUAGCUAUACGGAGGAUGCUCAGUGUAUAGACGGCACCAUUGAAAUCCCCAAAUGCUUCAAGGAACACAGUUCUUUGGCUUUCUGGAAAACGGAUGCAUGGGAUGUAAAGCCAUGUUAAACUGGUUUUCAGAGUCAACAUUCGGUGUCAUACUUGUGUCUGUGUCUGUCCAAGCAACCUAAUGAAGGUGGAAGAAUAAAGUGACUGAAUUUAUUGCAUCAGCCAUGGCAGAAUUAUUCAUCAGAGUAGCUGACUUUUAGUUAUGUUAUCUGUUAUAUGUUAUCUUAAGAAACCCAAAUAUAUGGAACAUCAUCAUUUCA